AUGCCUACCCGCCUCUCCAGCACCCGCAAGCACCGCGGCCACGUCUCGGCCGGUAAGGGACGUGUCGGCAAGCACAGGAAGCAUCCCGGUGGUCGUGGUCUUGCCGGUGGUCAGCACCACCACCGCACCAACAUGGACAAGUACCAUCCCGGUUACUUCGGUAAGGUCGGUAUGCGCUACUUCCACAAGGUCCAGGGUCACUUCUUCAAGCCCGUCAUCAACCUCGACAAGCUCUGGACCCUUGUUCCCGCCGAGAAGCGCGACGAGUACAUCCAGGCCAAGUCCACGGACAAGGCCCCCGUCAUCAACCUCCUCGACUUCGGCUACGCCAAGCUCCUCGGCAAGGGCCGUCUCCCCGAGGUCCCCAUCGUCGUCAAGGCCCGCUACGUCAGCGCCGAGGCCGAGCGCAAGAUCAAGGAGGCCGGCGGUGUCAUCCAACUCGUCGCAUAA